AUGUCGGCCCAAGAAGAAUUCGAUCAACUAGUGAAUGCCAAUCGCGACAAAUUCACUUCCCACCCAGAAGAUCUUGAUCAUCCUCAUUUCUCCGACGGAGAACAAGACCACGACCACGAUCAAGACUCCGACUCUGACGCACCUCCUCGUAACCUGCGCCAACGCCACACAGUCGACUCCUCCGACGAGGACGAAGACAUCGACGACAUGGUCUCUUCAAAUAACUACCACAUCCCCAAGAACACAUUCGAGGCCAACACCGGUCCUAAGGGUGUCAUCGCCGAUGCUCAGGCUUUUGAGCGUGCGCGCAAGAAGUCCUUCCGUCGCACUUUGCUCAAUGCCGCAGGCUUCGAUCAGAAUGGCCCCGCCUUCGCCAAGCCCGAGUCUCAGCCUUUGAGUGAUGGGUCAUCGGGCAGCGAAGAUGAUGAAGAGGAGCGCUUUAUGCGAAAGUGGCGUGCUUCGCGCAUGCAGGCCCUGCAGAACCGCCAGGCUCGCCGCCCCUCCCCUCGCGGCCGCCACUAUGGACAGGUCGACAACGUUGACGCUGGGGGUUAUCUUGAUGCCAUUGAGAAGGUGACUUCUAGUACGGUGGUUGUGGUUUGCAUCUAUGACCCGAAUUCUGAGGAGAGCUCUAUCGUGGAAGAGUGUCUCAAUACUAUCGCCGGCAGACAAUCUACUACCCGGUUUAUUAAGCUGCACCAUGAAAUCGCUGAGAUGGAUCACAUCCAGGCUCCAGCUCUCCUAGCUUACCGUGCGGGGGACGUCUUUGCUACUAUUACGGAUAUCAUCCACAAUAUUCCCCGGGGCCGGCCCUGCAGCGCAGAUAGCUUAGAGGAUCUGUUGAAGUUGAACCGCGUUCUCUAA